AUGAAAGUUGUCCUGCUUCUCAUAACAGAGUAUAAUCGUAAUCUCUUCCCUUUUCCCAGACGUUUGGCCGCUACGUACCACAGAAAUAGCUCCCAUCCGGAGAACAUUCAUCUAGUCAAGUUUCUUCUGCGCAUAAUUCCGUUACUACACCAGGAUUUAGUAUUAUCUUAUGGUUUCUCAAAUCAAGACCCUACUUUAGAUAUGGAAAAAAAGCUGCCUGAACAGAAUAGCUUAUGGGAUUCCAUGGCUCUUGCCUUUGAAAUGUUUGGUAGAGCAUUUUCUGUGUCUGAGUCUUUGUUUCCUACUGACGUCUGCCAAUGCACGCUAGAGGUUCUAAGGAAAGUAAUGGAUGUCUUAGCAUCCAAGGGCCUGCUUGUCGAAGACCGAUUUAUGUGGAGAUUUUAUUCAUGCCUUCUAGACUGUGUGCAUGAGGUCCUUACAAAUAUCAAAUGUCCUGUUUCUGAUCACGUCUCAAGUUUCAUAGCAGCAUUGAGAAUGUUUUUCUGUUUUGGACUUACUGGCCCACCCCAGUUCUCUCAUUCUGAUGUUGUUCACAAAGAUAAGCAAUUAAAUGUCAUGCUUUCCACAUUGAUUUCUGGAGUAAGUAAGAACGCCAAGAAUAAUCCUUAUAGGCCACCCCACUUGCGCAAGAGGGAUGUUUUGAACACUAAGCAGCCAGUGUCUUGUGACUGGCGGCACCUGUCUGCUCAUGAUUCUGGUAGUUGUGAUGUUAUAUCAUCAGAUUCUGAUUUUAGUGACAGUGAUGGUUCCGUACGGGAUUCUUAUUGUGCCCAAAGCUCGAAGGUUAGAAUAGCUGCCAUUGUUUGCAUACAGGAUCUUUGCCAGGCUGAUUCAAAGUCAUUUACCACUCAGUGGAUGGAUCUCUUUCCAACCAGUGAUGUACUCAAGCCAAGGAAGUUUGAAGCUACUCUAAUGACCUGCUUGCUUUUUGAUCCUCAUUUGAAGCCUAUCAAAGAUUCUGGAGGUUUAUUUGGUUCGUGGUUAGGGUCACUUAGUAAUGAUCUUAAUAUACUACCUAUUAACUACAUUGAUUGGAGGAAAGUUCCCAAUUACAGAAAAGAGAUGGUUUGGAAGCUAAACGAGUUGAGUCUGCUGUUCAGAGUCUUAAGGAAGAAAUUGGGGAGCAUGUGUGUGUACCACCUUCUUCUACUGUUCUUUUGAGGUUUGCCAUUUUCUCUUAGUAGGGAACUAAGUGUGAUGUUAGGGACGGGAAGGAUGUGAAGGAACUCGUAGCUUAUACUCAGAAGAAUCUGGAAUAUAUUGACAUUACAUAGAAGAAACUGAAAUUGAGUGAGUACCUUUAUUUUUUAUAUAUCAAACAAUGUUCUUGUUUUUUUUUUUUUUUUUUUUUUAACAGCUAAUUUCAAUAUAUUAACCAGAAGUUACAAAAUCAUUGUGAAUAGUAGUAGCAAUCAAGCUAGGUACAUGUAAAAAGCUUUGAAACAGAGGUCUAGUAGGAGAGUUGUCUCUUGCUAAUUGAUCA